AGAAGAGUUGCUGGUGCCACGGCCCACAGUCCAGCAGCAUUGCAUGGCGCGGCGCGCUUCAAGUUCUGGCCACUUUUCAACGGGCAAUACAACAGGCGGUCCACGCAGAGUCAAGGAGAAGCCUGGCCUGAGGGGGCAGGACUCUGCGGCCAAGCUAUGUGAGGGUCUACAGCAGGAGCUCUGUCACGGUGGCAUCGAUCAGGGUGCGAACUGUGAAGCAAGCAUGCUGAGGGCGAGGCAAAGCAGUUGGAAGCCGGAGUAGAGGAGCAGCAACUGUUUCCCGACAGAAUUUCUCAACGGGCAAGGCAUGUCCAAAGGGUUGUAGGGCUUGCGAGGGAGAAGCCUGGUGGCGGCCAGGAGAUGGAAGUAUUGACGCAAUUGAGACGGCCCCAUCAAUGCUGGGGUCUGCGGGCACACUCGUACACCCAAAACAGGCGCUUCGUUGGGACUUCCCACUUCCACUCAGGCACGGGUUUGGCAGGCAGGUUGAGCCUGCAGGGUUUAUGGCAUCGGGGGCGUCUUGCGGGAAGCAAAGCAGCGUGCUUUUGCUGCAGAGUAGCUGCAUUUGCUGACCCAAACCCACAGGUCAUUGAGGAAAAGGUUUCUUUGUCCCGGGGACUGGCAAGCGCGCAGGAAAGGGCAUCCAAGGAGGGGCAGCCGGCUCCUGCAAAGGGAAGUCCGGUUGGUCUCAGCAAACUCAGUGGAGAUGCAGAGCGGCUCCUAGAUGCGAAAAAGGCUGGGAGUCUGGAGGGGUCCAGCGCCAGAAAGAGGCGCUCGAGCGCGGAGGGAAGGGACGGCACACAGGCGAAGCGGUCGCUGAAGGCAGUCCUGGGGGCGUUGCAGAAGCGGGGGAAGGGACAGAAUCAGCACGAGGGGGACUUUGAGGAUGAGGAAUCAGGGGGUGUGGAGGAUUCGGAAACAGAGGACAGCGGUGGGGGAGCGGCGAUUCGGCAGCCGAGAAAGCCGCGACGAAGACAGCUGUCGGAUGAGGAGCGGGAGAGGCGGCGUGCGUACAUCAUGGCGAAACUAGGUUUGGACGAGGAAGCGAGUCACAUUCUGAACAGCAGCAUCCCGGCCCAGAUUACGAUCGCCCCUCUGGAAGAGCGGCUAGACGCGCUCUCCGCGCUCGGUCUCGACAACUACGAGAUCGUCCUCGCAAUCAUGCGCUACCCGGGCAUCCUCAGUCUGCGCCGCUUUCAAAACUACGGCCCCAACAUCGCAUUUGUCCGAAGUCUGGGCAUUCCGGACGAGGAUCUUCCGACCAUCAUUCUGCGGUUUCCGAGGCUACUGGUCCUAAAUAUGGAGGAGGUCGCACCGACGGUGGCGUACCUGCGUUCGUUGGGGCUGGAGGAUGACGACAUUCGGAAGAUGGUGCUGGCGUGCCCCAUCAUCAUCUGCAAGGACGUCCAAAAGGUUAUGGUGCCCCGGGUGCAAGUCUUCCAAGCGUUCGGCAUGCCCCCCGACAAGAUUGCGUCCAUGCUUCGCAAGGUGCCUGCGAUCCUGGCGUUGUUUAACCCGUCCCGUUUAGCCGCUAACCUGAUGUAUCUCGAGGAGCUGGGCAUGACCCGAGACGAGAUCAUUCUGUUAACCAGUCGCAAUCCGGAGGUCAUUGGGCACAGUAUCAAGGACAAUCUGGAGCCCAAGAUCGAGUGGCUGCAGUCGUUAGGGAUGACGCAGCUCGACGCCGCACGUAUUGUCGUAGGGAAACCAAAGCUUUCACUUUUGAAGUUGCAGACCAGGAUCCGGGACCUGGUAGCGUAUGGGUUUACGCUUGACCAGGUAAUCAAAAUGUUGUUGAAAACCCAGGGCUUGGUGGGGUUUACGAAGGAAACCCUGUAUGCGAAGUUGUCGUUUGUAGAAAACGUGAUGGGUCAGAGCAAGGAGGAGAUUUCCGAGUUUCCCACCGGCCUUUGUUACAGUUUAGAGAAAAGGGUGAUACCCAGGUGGAACGAAGCGGUGGAAGCAGGCAUUCAAUACACGACCAACUGGAGGACGUUGAUAGUUGCUACGAGUGCCAGGUUUGAGAUUAUGAAACUCAAACAAAAGUACGUGAGAAAAAAGACAAGACAAUGGAAAAGUGAGUCGUUUUGACCGUUGAUCUGAUUCCACAAGCCACCGUCGAGCUGGCGUCCAGCUGUUUGUACCCACUUCAAUUCUUAUGCAAACACAUGAAAGUUUUAAGCUCGCCCCUAGAUUCAGAACCUUUUCUAAUCACAUUUAAACUUUACGAAACGAUGGGCCCGGCCACAGGUUUCAUCAAAACGCAUGUAGGAGUUUAGGGCCACAGGUUUCAUCGAUUCAGGAAUUCAUGCACUCGAUUAAUAUUGUAAUAUUGUAA